CCGUUUUCUUACACGAGGUGAUGAGUGAAUUUUCCCUAACUGUGGUGUAAUGAUUCAGCAACACAUCACUGUAAACAGUUGUGCGUGGAGUUUAUAAAAGGUAGCGACAGCUCUCUGGCUAUUAAUUGUUUUGGAAACGGAGACGUUGCUCAUCCAAAGCGGAAAACGCUGCGCGUCGGAUAUUCGCUUUCUUUAUUUGAAUUAUUUUAUUUCAUUAGACAGUUUAGGUUCUGUGGAUAAUAGUCAUUCUAAGCUUCUGCUUUUUUUCCUACGUUGUCUGAGAAUUACCACUUCCCACUUGUUACACCGCGGACACUUUGGUUUGAAGUGCAUAAAGGUGCUCUCAUUGUGCAGCUGGCCUGCCCUGACUUUCCAUCAGGGUGAGCUGUUUUUGCCAAAGGACAUAAACUCACACGGAAGCUGCACAGCCAGCUGCUCCGGCCCCCUUCACACUCACCCCCUGCGAUAUGAGCAGAGGUAGAGGAGGGCCUCCGAAAGAACAGUACCACAGAUAUCCAGCACCCCACUUGCAGGUUGAGGAGAAUACCAGGCCUGGCCUGGCCUCACUCUACCCUAGAGCUGUCCCACAGCAGACCCAAUCUUCAAAUUACUACAACAAUCCUGUAGCGUCCACACAGCACCCAUUUACCUCUGUCAUUCCCUCCGCCCCACCCAUUCCAAGCCACAUUAAAGCGGACCAUCAAUCUGUAGCAUUUGACAGGUCACAUAAUCAAAAUCACAGUCCUGGUCUCAUUCCCCAUUCUUUUCAGUCCAAACAGGUGGAGUUUCUGCUAGGACACAUCUCUGAGGCUCCUCAAUUCAGAGCCAGUCCACGAGGAGGAGGAGGCAGGCCAACCAGUUCCUCAUAUCAGUCCCAGUCAGGGCACAUUAGCUAUCCAAACCCAACCAACAGCCCAUGGAAUAGAGGAAGAUAUAGCCAAGACCAGAGUUUUGUUUAUCCACCCAUUGUAGGACCCACCAGAGGCCCCCAAGGCUCUCGUCACCCGAAUCUAAACCAGUUACAUGAUCAAAGCUACAACCAGUACUCUGGCAGACAGUGGCGCAACCAGACUGACUCUUUGUCUGACAGAUUUCAGAGUUUGUCUCUUCAUCGGGACAGACCGAACAAAGGAGAGAGCUUUGGCAGACAGCCCAGUAGCUCGACAUCUUCAAGCUUCAGUAAGAUUAACAUCACUCUCACUCCUGCCCACCAGGACCAGGUACACAGGGCUUUGGCUGCUUUGAGGCCAAAUGAGAGCAUAUCUGCAAAAUUGUUAGCCAAAAAGCUGCGUCUGCCCAAAAAAAUUGUUAACAAGGCCCUCUACUCUUUAGAAAGCUCACAGAAAGCCUCUAAGCAAGGACUUCUCCCCCCUGAGUGGACUCUUUACAGAGAACCUCUCACAUGCCAGGGCAAUCAAAACUCUUUACUUCAAAGUCCACUUUGUGGCCAGUCUGUCAGUUUAGAACAACCUCUAAUACCUAAAUUCAAGGCUGAGCUAAAAACAGAAGCAGCAGAAAACAGGGAACAGGCCAAAGAGGAGGACUCUGACACAGAAUCCAGUUUUUCCUACAGCUCUUCUUUAGAGUCAUCAGAAUCUGACGGAUUCCAGACUCUUUCAAAGGGUCAGCACAGAGAGAAAAAACAUCCCAGCUCUACCAACUCCCCUGAUCAAGAAAGUCAGAUUCCCAUAAUGACAGACCAGAAGGAACAAGUUCUUCAGUACCUUCUGAAUUCAAAGGAGGCAUCCGCUCUCGUCAUAGCCAAAAAUCUUGGUCUUAGGAAUUCCAAGCAUGUCAAUCCAACCCUUUAUGCUCUAGAGAAGCAAGGGGAUGUUUCUAAGAAUUCUGAUGUCAACCCUCCCACCUGGGAGCUCUCCACCCACCGCAGAGAGAGGAUGGAGAGGAACCUCAAAGCCACGCAAAGCACCCAAGCUGAGAAGAGUCGCAUGGAGGUGGAAGUUAUUAAAGAGGAGAUAGUUGGAGGGUCCAAUUUCCUGCCAUCCUCACCACUACCACCUGUGGUAGGCCCUGAGCCAGUUGCUUUACCAGCGGCCUGGAUGUUAAAGCAAAGUCACAUUAAAGCAGCUGACUCCUCGUUCCAGCCUCCCUCAAACCGCGUCAAAGCCAUUAAUGAAACAGAAUGGGCCACCGACGACAUCCCAGAAUUCCUCAAUGCCAUUCGCAGGGAGACGGACGCUGAAAAACGGGCAGCAGAGGCCAAUGCUGUAGGAACUGUCGCUGUAUCGCUGGCUGCCCCGCCUCCCCUGAACCUGUGGGCUAAGUUACAAGAAGUGAGACUCAAAAACCCAGUCAGUGGCCUCAUGGAAUAUGCCCAAUACCUGGGCCAAAACUGUGAGUUUCAGCUACUGGACCAGUCGGGGCCUGCUCACGACCCAAGAUUCCGUAUGCAGGUAAUGUUGAACGAGAGGCUGUUCCCUGUCGCAGAAGCUUCCAGUAAGAAGGUUGCAAAAAAGGAUGCUGCCGCAGCCACUCUGCAAAUUCUUAUUGGAGAGAUGCAGGGAGAACCCAGCACCAAGGAAGAAGAACCCACUGACACAUUGGAAAAACCCAUCGAUCCGCUACCAGACACCAGUGGUGCAGUUGAGAGCAUGGGGGAAAUAUUUGAGUCCAAUAGUGAGGAAAUGGUGGAGGGACCUCGCCAGCCAAUCUCUCGCUCUCUCCCUGGUGGCAAAAAUCCAGUGUCGGUCCUGAUGGAAUACAGCCAACGCAGUGGAAACCCAAUUGAAUUCAUCAUGACUGGGCAGGCAGGCCCACCACAUGACCCACGGUUCGUUUAUAGGGUAAAAGUUGGAGAGAACUUGUUUGCUGAAGCCUCGGCUCCAAGUAAGAAGGCUGCCCGCCAGCUGGCAGCAGAGGAGGCCGUCAAAGAAUUGAUGGCUGACGGGAGAUUACAGCUCAACAAGCCUCAGUUGCCCCUAGGCUCUUCUAGUGAUGGUGAUGGAAGUUGUGCUGGUACCACAUGCCCCCCCUUGCCCCCUCUCACAGCAGAUGAGUUGCGAGCAGCUCAUGAAGCAGGGGUUGGGGACCUCAUCAAUUACCUGAACAACAACGCAGUGUCAGGUCUUUUGGAGUACGCCAGAGCCCGGGGCUUUGCUGCUGAGAUCCGCCUGGUGGGUCAGUCUGGUCCACCACAUGAUCCUAAGUUCACCUACCAGGCCAAGCUCGGUGGAAGGUGGUUUCCUCCAGUCUGUGCGUCCAACAAGAAGCAGGGAAAACAAGAAGCAGCAGAUGCUGCUCUCCGGGUUCUUAUAGGAGAAGCUGAGAGGGCAGCACGCACUGGAGAGCUUAUCCCAACUGAGCUUCCAGUGAGUGGCAGCACUUUGCAUGACCAGAUAGCAAUGUUGAGUUACCAGCGUUUCAACGCCCUGACCACACGUAUCCAGCACAGCCUAUUGGGACGUAAGAUCCUGGCCACUGUCGUGAUGAGGAAGGGGGAGGGCCUGGGCACUGUUGUCAGCCUCGGGACGGGAAAUCGUUGUGUUAAAGGGGAGGAACUGAGUCUUAAAGGAGAGACUGUUAAUGACUGCCACGCCGAAAUCAUCUCCAGAAGGGGAUUUCUUCGGUUUCUCUACAGUGAGCUGCUCAAGUACUAUGACGGCGCAGGCGACUGUAUAUUUGAGCUCGGGGACGAAAACAAACUGCGGCUCAAACCUGACAUCACCUUUCACCUUUACAUCAGCACAGCACCUUGUGGGGAUGGGGCUCUGUUUGAUAAGUCCUGCAGUGAGACUGGGGACGAAGUUGCAGGCCACCAGCCUCUAUUUGAGAAUGCAAAGCAGGGCAAGCUUCGCACCAAAGUGGAGAAUGGUGAGGGCACCAUCCCAGUGGAGUCGAGUGCCAUCGUGCCCACGUGGGACGGCAUCCAGCACGGGGAGAGGUUGCGGACCAUGAGCUGCAGUGAUAAGAUCCUCCGCUGGAACGUGCUCGGCCUGCAGGGGGCAUUGCUCAGCCAUUUUAUGCAUCCCAUCUACCUGAAGUCCAUUACACUCGGUUAUCUGUACAGCCACGGUCACCUGACACGUGCGGUUUGCUGUCGGCUUGCCAGAGACGGUGAAGCAUUCUUCCAGAGUCUUCCUUCUCCCUUUAUGCUAAACCACCCUGAGGUGGGAAGAGUGAGUGUGUACGACUCCACACGUCACACAGGCAAGACCAAGGAGUCCAGUGUGAACUGGAGUUUUCCAGACCAGAACAGUGUGGAGGUGCUGGAUGGGACCAAAGGCAAACUGGACGGGAACAAACUGGGCAUUUCCCGCGUGUCCAAAUCCAACUUGUUCUCUCUGUUCCGCUCCGUGUGUCAGCGGUGCGGCCGCACAGACCUGCUCACCAUGUCCUCAUACACCCAGGCCAAGAUGUCUGCCACAUCCUUCCAGCUCACAAAGCAACACUUCUUUGAAGGUCUCAGUGCCCACGGUUACGGCGCCUGGAUCAGCAAACCGCUGGAAGAGAAGAACUUUGAGUCAGGAGAUGGAACCUGGAAAAAUGGAGCCAGUCUUCCUAUGGAAUAUGUCGGCAGUAGAAACGGAGCACCAGUGGAGAUCAAGCAGGAAGAGGCGUAGAACAGAGCAAUAUAGAGCUGAAACAAUUACUCGAUUAAUAGAUUACUAAAUUAAUCGGCAACUAUUUUGAUCAUCAAUUAAUCGGUUUGAGGCUUUUUUUUUCAUGAUUAAAACAAGAUUUCUGAUUGUUUCAGCUUCUUAAAUGGGAAUAUUUUCUUCGUUUCUUUACAAUGGCAUUCCAGUGGUCAUGCAUUGACAGGGAUUGCGUGAUGUGGGUUCGUUAAUGUAACGUGGGGAGUAUGCUUUGUUAAGCAGUCCAGUGGGGAAGAAACUGUUCUUGUGGAGCGAGGUUUCGGUCCUGAUGGACCACAGCCUCCUGCCAGACGGGAGUGAUUGGAAGAGAAAGAAGAAAAGGACAAUUAAACUAUGCGUAGCCAGUGGCCAGAGCUGUAUCGUCGGAUUUGAACAUAGUUAAAAGCUGUGCAGGGAGUGAUGUGGAAACGUACGCGGUGAAUUGAGAGGGAAACGGCAAGAGCAGAGCCUGAUGGAUGAAUGGGAUCACAGCAGACACACUGAGGCCGGGAGAGAAAAUAUAUGCACUUCAUGAAAUAGGAAUUGGUUUGAAGUCAGUAAAUCAUCACAGCAAAGGCUGCUACAAAACAGACCUAGCAAGAGUGAACCCGUCGGCUUUACUGCAUUUGUCCUCGUCCUUUAUGCGGAUUAUAACUGUACGUUGGCGUUACACUGUCGUUUCAGUUUGUCUUGUUUUGACCACUGCUUUGACAACUGUUGGUCGUCAGUUCAGCCUAUGGACCAUUGUAGCAGUAUUUGCAGUUGUGAUCGUUCCUCUACAGUCCCCUGUCAUGAAGUGCUGAUGGUUUUUUCGGCCGUCUGCGUUCUAUGUCAUCCGGCUGCUGCUUCAUGACAACGGAAGAGCAGAAGGAACCAAGGAUUUUCUUUUUACUUUUUUAAAUAGCACUCAUCCCACUUGGAUGUCAUCAUGAGUACAAUUGGAAAUUGGUGUUUACUCUUGUACGUUAACAGCUUUACACAAGAACAACGUGAAUAAAAACAUUCACUGUUCAACUUUUCCGGUUCUGAGCUUUUACAUUUGAAGGCUUCAAACCGGCCCCUUUCUAAAUUAAACACGCUGUAAGAAUGAACCUUACUGUACACCGUUUAGCUGCUCAGCCAUCCACAUAGUGUUGCUAUGGUUUCCAUUAGCACAGCAUACUGUAGGUAAGUGCAGCCCUACCUUUAGUCCUAUGGUUUCUCUCUGCUUUUGAUGCUUGUAUAUGCAGGAAAUACUGAUGUCAAGAUCCCAAAGCAGUACAAAAUGUAUUGUUGUCGUUGAUUGUGUGUUUUUGAGUACGUCUCCUUGUUUUCCUCCUAAACAUUUGGCCAUGGUAGAAAGUCACGGAAAGUCUCCACUGACCGGCGUUUUUUUCUUUUAACGUCUCGAUCCAAGAAAUAAAUGAAGACUUUCAGGUUCUCUUGCAUGGCCAGUUGUUUACACCUCACCUGGGACUGCUAGGUGAGGACGUUUUUGUUGUUUAAGGAGAGUAUGAAGUUUCUUUUUCUCUUGUUUUGGUUACAUGUACAUAGAUGAUGCAAUAUAUACGUCAAGUUUAUACAAAUACAUGUACACAGAUGUACAGUGGGGUCCAAAAGCCUGAGUCCCUCAGAUUUCCGUUGAGCUUGUGGUCUGGUAACUACAGAGAAAAAAAGCCAUUCAAGUUAGCACUCCAUGACACUAAACGGUCAAACAUAAGGGUUUGUUUUGGUGUAGCCAAAACAUAGCAUGUAGAGCUAUUAUUUUACCAGCAGAUGAAUCUUUUAAAUGCUUUUAUGUGAUGAUGUUCCUCUGUAGACCAGAGUGACACCGCUCUGGUUGAAGUUUUAUUAGUUCUCAUUGCUGUAGUUAAAAUUACCUUUCAUAUAAAUGAUCAGGAAGUUAGAUGUGCGUUAUCCAGCAGCUGUGAUGUGAAUUAAACGUAGACUCAUUUUUAAUCUCAGUAAAACAAUUCCAUUAUGUUUUUUUACCUUUGUUUGACAAAGAGGCUGAAAAGAAGAACAUGUAUGCUUUUUGCUGCUGGACUCAGACUUUUGGAUCCCAGUGUUUGUUUGAGUAUGAUGAUAUAUACAGUAUAUAUAUAUAUAUAUAUGUGUGUGUGUGUAUUUGUAUAGGUUUAAUGUAUAUAUUUUGUAAACCAUCUAAAUAGUUUUCUAUAAUUUUUCCUGAUGUUUUAAUCGCUGUUUUUUUUACCAAUCCAGUUUGGAGAGUUGGACACAAUAAAACAAGUAGUGAUGUUUGAGUGGA